AUGUACCACACAGGUGGUGCUUUCACCGCAGAGGUCAUCAAAGAAAUGGCUGCGAUCAACGAACGUCCAAUCAUCUUCCCAUUGUCCAAUCCAACAUCAAAAUCUGAAUGCACUGCCGAAGCAGCAAUCACGGGCACUGACGGUAGAGUUCUGUUCGCCUCUGGAUCGCCGUUCGACAAUGUUGAAUAUAAAGGAAAGCUGUUCAAACCAGGUCAAGGGAACAACUCGUACAUCUUCCCUGGCGUUGGUCUAUCCGCCGUUCUAUGGAGAGCUAAGAAAAUCCCUGAUAUGGUGUUCCUGACUGCAGUCAAGUCGUUUGCAUAA